CGUCAACGCCCGCGAGCAAGCGCGAUGAUGACCGCCGAAGAAAACGAAAUUUAUGGCUGUAACAUAGUAUAUUGGAAUUUUACGUCAAACCACGAAGAUUGUAUCAAUAGAAGGAAGCCACAAAUUUACAACAAGAUGAGGAGCGCAAGUAGCUUGGAUCAGUACAACGACGAUGACUUCUUCAGCGGUGGCCCUUGUCCUUCGUGUCGGUUAGCCAUCAACAAGGAAACCGGUCGACUCAAGUGGUGCAUGGGAGGAAACGACACUUGGCGCUUCCGAGUGAAACUGAUGCUCCUGAUCCCAGCCGUGUUGCUGCCGAUUACUAUCAUUUUCAUCGCUUUGUCCCGGUCGCAGGUGAUCGGCAAGACUCCUUAUCACCGUACGUAUUUGGUCCAGACGAGAAGGCAAGACGAGAGAACCGAGGAGACCUUACCGCCAGCGACCAGUCGCAGCGAGACUGAGCGGGCCGGUGAAGAAGAGGAAGAAGACAGAAUCUUAGUACCUGGAAUGAAAACUAGCUACGUGCCAGUGGAUGAUCUACACUCGUCACGACAGCUCGAACGACGCAAGAGAGACCUGGACGGGGAUAGUCGGGCGUCCUCCUCACCUGACACAGCCGCGUCCUCUACGACAUUAUGUUCGAAUCGGCGCGAUACGAGGAUAGCAGAUUGGGAAACGGGCAACGAUCUGCUCAGAUCUGAUGCUGAUAUCGAGAAUCGCGAGGCGCUGGACGAGCGAAAACGAACACGUGAUCAAUGGAUAAACUAUAACGUCGAGAAAGUAGACGAUCAGAAUUCCGACGAAGAUCUGUACAACUACUUGGACGAUUACUACACCGAGGUGGACGCUGACGAGGUGAAAGAGAACUCUGAAACAAUACAGAGCAACGACCAUCAAGAAUACGGCGAGGAGCGCGCUCGCGACACGCGUAAGAACGAGGAACUCCGCGCCAAGUACGACAACAUCGAGGAACCACCUCAGGACGAAUCGGACGAGGGUGAACAGGGUGGAAGACACUCGAUCUCCAUCGACGAUACCGACACCAGUUUGCCAAUUGCCGACGACGACGACGACGACGACAACGACGACAACGACGACGACGACGCUGGCGCCGAUUUCCACGCGUUUUGGAAAGGCGAGGGGAACGCGCGGGCCAUCAGAGAGGCUCAAGCAAAAAUCAUGCUCAAGUACAUGGACAGGGGCGCUGAUCCCUGCGAGGACUUCUAUCAGUUUGCCUGUGGCAAUUGGGCGAGGCACAACCCUAUCCCGAAAGACAAGGCUGCCUACGAUACCUUCGAAAUGAUCAGGGAAUCGUUGGACUCUGUGCUGAAAGAGCUACUCGAAGAUCCUAUACCGAAGGGGCUGGACACGGACGACGCGACAGUCAAGGCCAAAUAUCUGUUUCAAAGUUGCAUGAACUACGAGAUCUUGGAGCAACGCAUGGAACGACCGCUCAUACAGCUUCUGGACGAGCUCGGUGGAUGGCCUAUAUUGAGACCCGACUGGGACCCAGAGAAGUUCGACUGGCUCCUUCUGGUUGCGCAAUUGAGGCUUUACAACAAUGAUAUUCUUAUUUCGGAGUGGGUCGCACCGGACAUCAAGAACAGCGAUCAGUACGUAAUACAGUUUGAUCAGACGUCGCUGGGUCUACCAACGAGAGACUAUUUCCUCCAGCCGUCGAAUACGAUUUAUCUUAAGGCUUACAAGAAUUACUUGAUAAAGAUUUCCACUCUCUUGGGCGCGUCCCUGCAAAACGCCACCACAGACGCUGACGAACUGAUCGAAUUCGAAACGAAACUCGCCAAGAUCACGUCUUCCCCGGACGAGAGAAGAAACGUUUCAGAACUAUAUCAAAGAAUGAGUAUCGGAGAACUGAGGGCUCUGGUGCCGCAAAUUAAUUGGCACCGGUAUUUAACGAUCGUUCUGGCGCGACCGACGAACGUUUCCGAGCCGGUCGUUGUCUACGCGUUGCAGUAUAUUCAAGAUUUAGUGAACUUGCUUUCGAAGACUAGUCCACGGACUGUCGCGAAUUAUCUUCUCUGGCGAUUCGUCAGGCACAGAGUGAACAACCUAGACGAUCGGUUUCAAGAAGCGAAGCAAAAGUUUUAUUACAUUCUGUUCGGAAGGGAACAAGCGCCGUCCAGAUGGAAAAAUUGCGUGGCACAAGUGAACUCCAACAUGGGCAUGGCUGUGGGCUCCAUGUUCGUGAAGAAAUACUUCGACGAAAAAAGCAAAAACGACACACUGGCUAUGACUCGCGAGAUACAACGAUCCUUCAGGGAGCUUCUGAAUCAAACAAUCUGGAUCGACGACGAAACGAAAGAAUUGGCUACGGAGAAAGUGAACGCGAUGCUGUUGAGGAUCGGCUAUCCCGAUUUCAUUCUACAACCUCAACUGCUGAACGAACGUUACAAGGAUGUCGUGAUCCGUCCAGAUAAGUACUUCGAGAACACGUUGAACAUCUUGCAACAUUUGACCAGGGUAGAGCAGGAUCGACUUGGCAGCCCUGUCAACAAGACCCUCUGGAACACUGCGCCUGCAGUGGUCAAUGCUUAUUAUAGUCGCAGCAAGAAUAGGAUAAUGUUUCCAGCCGGAAUACUACAGCCGCCCUUUUAUCACAGAUACUUUCCUCGGAGUCUGAAUUACGGCGGGAUCGGCGUUGUGAUCGGCCACGAGAUCACCCACGGCUUCGACGAUAAAGGUCGACUGUUCGAUAAGGAUGGAAAUCUACAUAGAUGGUGGAAAGACGAGGCUAUUUACGGCUUUCACGAACGAGCUCAGUGCCUUAUCGACCAGUACAGUCAUUAUAUCGUGAGCGAGGUUGGAAUGCAGAUUGAUGGAAUGAAUACACAGGGCGAGAAUAUCGCGGACAAUGGCGGCAUUAAACAGGCUUUCCGAGCUUACGAAAGAUGGUUACGAACGAACGGAGACGCCGACGAAACUCUGCCGGGCUUGAACGCGAGCGGAAAGCAAUUGUUCUUUCUCAAUUUCGCGCAGGUGUGGUGCGGCUCGAUGAGGCCGGAAGCUACCAGGAACAAGCUGAAAACCGCCGUCCAUUCACCUGGCAAGUUUCGUGUGAUCGGCACAUUGUCGAAUUCGGAAGACUUUGCAGAAGUAUUUCAUUGCCCGCUAGGUGCACCUAUGAACCCAGUUAACAAAUGCUCCGUUUGGUGAUCGAAUAGUGUGCUUGUUCUCUUCUGCCAAAUUCACCGUCGUCGUCGUCGUGUCGAUCGUUGUGAUCGAGUAAAUCAAUCGAAGCCAACGUGAUCGAGAAAACGGGAAAAACGAAACGAGUGGUUUCGUUGCUCGAUUAAGCGAAGCAACGCGAUGCUUAAAAUGACGUAGACGCAAUCGUUGAAAUUAAUCUUUGCAUUUCGAAGGAUAAUCGUCAAAUUUCGUUAAAAUUCUAACGAAAACCAUAGUUCUAUGCUUUCGAUGAUAGGUGACGCUGUAGACUGUAAGAUUUACUUUGAGAUUAGCAUAUCAAAGAGAUAGGAUGAAAGAAAUGAUGAAAACAGUCAUCAUUUCGAGUAGUUGUAAGUUAUUUGUUUUAACGAUUUACGGGCAUGCAGCUAGACUAACUAAAAAUAUUUCGUGUAGCAAUAAACAAGAGGAUUCUUUCGCGUGAUACUGCGACUUGACGAUCCAUAAGUAUCGCAUAAGAGAAGUAUCCUCCGUAGAUGUUUCAAACAGCUGCGCUGUUCAGUCGCGUUAAGAACGAAAUUGUAAGACAAAAACCAAAGACAAUAAUAAUUUCAGACAGUCAUAAAAA